AUGCUUUCGUGGCCUGAAAUCACCCAGCUGGUGCGGUCCGGCGAUCUGCAGCUGUUGCUGCGAUCGCCUGCCGUCACCACCAGCUAUCACCGCUACAAACAGGCCUUGGAAGACCGCCACACCACCGUUGCCGACGUGGUGGUGCACGAGAAAUUGCACUGGACCAGCAAAAUGCUGAUCCAGUGUGCUCAGAAAUGGCCCACCGCAAAUUUGCAGUUCCAAGCAAUGCUCAGCGAUCCCCAGCUCUUCGCACUGCGCACAAAUGACUUUCCCUACGACUUCCCAGACCAUGUGCAUCAUUUGGUGCUGUGGAGCAAAAUACAGAUCCCGCUGUAUGUGAGCGAUUCUCGUGAAAAAGUGGCCAUCGUGGAAACCAAGAUUCAGCAGUUUUUGAAAGCCAAUCUGGCCCGCUACAAUAUCCAGGAUUUCGUAUGGUUCAUCAAUUACCCUUCUCUCCAAAGCGUCAAAGCAGUGUCGCACAUACACGUCUUGAUCAACUCCGGUGAGUCCGAGAAGAUCGACCACAUUCUAGCGAACGGGUUCGAAUCAAUCGGGUUCGAGCCAAUCUAA